AUGACAUUUGCAAGCAUCGUGCCGGUUCUGGUGGUCGUGGUAUGGGUGGUGGUCGUGCUUGAGCUUGGUGCGGCGGACGGUGCGGUUACCCCGACCGAGUCGCUCAAUGGCAUCACUCGGCGGAUUGAGCUGGUUGCCGACGCGGCCGAUGGCCCGAUGUUUUCCACCAAGAUACUGGUCUCGUCGACAAACACCCAUGUCGAUGUUCGUGCUGCUAUGGAGGCGCCGCGUCCGCUGAGUGAGGUUGUCACCUUUGGCAUGAUUGCAGCCUGGGAUGAACCGCUGGUUGUGAGCGUCAACUCGUCGAAAACGGCCGGCGGCGACGAGGCACGGUGGUUCACCAUCAGCUCCCCGACUGGCGACGAGCGCGAUCUGAUGACUGAUGUCCGUGAGAUCAGUGGCUCGGCUUCAACGCCGCAAAACACUUCACUGGGGAUGAGGAUCAGCGACGGGCUGCCGAGCUCCGGCAACCGCUGGCUCUACCUGGUCAUCUUUGCCGAGUACGAGGCGGCGAGGUUGGCGAGCGCGCGCGACACGGUCAUGACCUUUGUGCCGGUCAUUUCCGACAAGACUGGAACCAUUGCAGCAUCGGUCGGCGCUGUGGCCUUUGUCCUCAUGUCUGCGCUCCUGUGGCACUGGCAGAAGAAGUACCGCUGGUGCUCGCGCAUGUGCUCGCCGCGGCAGGUCAAAGACCGUCGCGGCCAGCGAGCAGCUGCAGUCGAGCAGCAAGAGGACGCAUACUCUUCCGAGUAUGCGUACGAGUACGAGUCUGACGACGGAUACGCCGAUGUCAGCACCGGCGGCGAUGAGGAAACCUCCGUCCUUGCCACGUCGUCGGCGUAUGAGUACGCGUACGAGUCGUCGUCGUCUCAGCUGACGCUUGUCGAGGUCAGCGAUGGCGACGCCGAGGCUGGCGGCGGCGCAGACGCCGGCAGCAGCAAGAGCAAGCGAAAAAAGUCGGGCAUCAAGAAGAUGGCGGUGCGGGGAGCGACUAAUCCGUCGACCCAGCAGCGCGGGUGCGGGCGGCCGGAUCGGCGACAGGAACUCCCGGUCUCGCGAAAGCGGCGCAAGCGACAUGUGCCGACCAAGGAGGAGCGCGCGGCGGUGGCGGCGGCCAAGCGUGCCGAGCUCCGCAAGAACACCGGAGUCGUGGCGUACGUAUUCCUCGCUCUCUUCCGCGUUCUCUUCCUUGUCUUUGACGCUAUCAAGCUCCUCAUCAAUCUGCAGCUCAUCCGAUCGUCAGUGGCGCUGUACGUGGCGGAUCUGCCCGAGCUGCAAGUGUACGAGGACUUUCUGCCGUUUGGCUCGUUCACUGGGGCGCUGUUCUCGGUCAACAGCCUCCUCAACUUUUUCAACUCGUUCACCGAAGAGGUGCUGGUGUGGAACUGCGGCGGGACGCUGCUCCUGAGCUUCCCGUGGAUCCUUGCGGCGUUUAUGGCGCUGUUCGGAGUCGUCCUGCAGCGCGACCUGCUUCUCUGGGUCUCGAUCCGGAUUCUCGGCUACCGGCCAUGCACCGGGCGGAUCGGGACGAUGAUGUUCCACGGCGUCUCAGCACUGUUGCAAGCCAUUCUCUUCUACAUGCUGCAGGUGGUCAUUUUGAUGCUCCCGCAGGUGCUUGUGGGCAUGUGGUCGAUUUCACGGACAUGCUCGGCGGUGGACAAGCAGAUGGCGGACAUUAUGUUUUACGCCAACAUCGGCAUCAUGGUCAUCUGCUUUUUCAUCAUCCUGGUCACCUUUUCCGGGCGGCCGGAGAACGUCGGCAAGUGGGGCAUUUUUACGCCUGUGGUUGUUGUGAUUGGAGCCGUCAAGCGGCUGCUUAUGCUCUCGUUUGGCAUCUGGACGCCGUCGCUCAUCUCGUCGUACUCUGUCCUCGAGCGGGCGCUCGAGUUUGACGACGAUCCUGAUGACGACGACCAGAAGCACGAAAACGUACUGGUCGUCCUCGGCAAGUCGCGGUCGCUGAUCUGGAUGAUGCUACCUGUCACCAUUGUGCUCGCCAAGCUCGCCGAGACGAUCAACAACCCACCGCUGGUUGUCCGGCACCCGUCGGUGGAGAUGACAACCGGCACUGCGUUCCGUGCAGUCAUUCUCUGCUUCCAUCUCGUCACGUUUGGCCUCCUCGUCGCGGUUGUCCUCCUUGGCGGCCUGGUUCUCUUCCAGAUCAUGCUCGGCUCGCUCAUCCCGCUCCACAUCUUCCUCCUUGGCCUCGACUACUACGGAGUCACGGCCGAUUAG